AGUGAAGUUCCUGAAGUGACAACUUGAAAGUCGACAUCUUUGGACCAAAAUGGACCUGACAACAACAGUUUCUCUUCUUCUGCUGCUGCUUCUGGGCCUCUGUAAUGCUCAUCAACAAAGCUGUAUGACUUCUGAUUUUCUUGCAUUCAUAGAGAUCUCUGGGGAGGACAUUACCACAACCAUCCUCAGAAUGAACAAUGGAUCUACAGAUUUUCUGGUGGAAGGAGACAUACUCAUUCCAAGAACCAGAAAUGCUAUGAAGUGCACAAAUAAGCAAUACUCCUGUCGAUGGCCAAAGUCUCACACAUCUGGGACUGUUGACGUCCCUUACGUUCUAAGUGAUAAAUAUGAUAAUGUUGAGAAGAAGACCAUUUUAGAUGCCAUGAAGGGCUUUGAAACAGCAACCUGUGUUCGCUUCAUUCCACGCACAACAGAGAGCGCGUACCUAAGUAUUGAACCAAAAUAUGGCUGUUCCUCUUUGCUGGGUCGUAUUGGAGACAAGCAGGUGGUGUCACUGCAGAGGUUUGGCUGCAUCCAGCAUGGUAUCAUCCAGCAUGAGUUGCUGCAUGCACUUGGUUUCUACCAUGAACACACUCGAAGCGACCGCGACCAGUACAUCAGAGUCAACUGGCCAAACAUCAUAAAAGAUUAUUUCAACAAUUUUGAAAAGAUGGACACCAAUAAUCUCAACACUAAAUAUGAUUACUCCUCUGUCAUGCACUAUGGAAGGACUGCCUUCGGAAUUACUCCACAGUCAGAAACAUUAACUCCCAUCCCCAAUCCCAACGUUCCCAUCGGCCAGAAUGUUGGCAUGUCUGACAUCGACAUUCUCAGGGUCAACAUACUUUACCAGUGCAAGAAGUAAACGGGAAGAAAAUAUUAAAAGCAUUAUAAUAAAGCAU